AUGCAAUGGGGCGGAAUAGAUUCUGAGGAGAAACGUGUUUGGUUUGUUAAUGUAGUGAGCGAUUAUUUUGACGGUAGAGAAGUGGAUCCGGAUGAUUUAGAAACCAUUUUGGAACAAAUCAUGUCCGAUGAAUUCAAUACUUUAUUGGAGGAUAACUCUGCUUUCCAGGUAUCUAAAAAUCUGAUCAAGAUAUAUAAUGAAUGUAUGCAAGAAAACUAUUCUACCGUUGAAAGAUUGAGAACAAAUCAGCCCAGUACGUCGAGUGAUGUUAGUACAUCAAUAAAAGCAACAUCCGAAAUCGAUGAGGAUGAUAGCUCGGACUAUGAAUCUAUAGACGAAAUGGAUGAGGAUCAUAUCACAACUGUUGAAACAGCGACAGUAUCCUCAUCAAAGAAGGAGCCCAUAAUUGACGACGAAGGAUUUCAGUUAGUAACAAAGAGGAGACGAUAA